ACGAGGUGGUCCAGCUGAUUGCCGAAGCUGGUGGGGUAGGCUAGUGGGACAGUUAUUAAACAUUUGCGAAAUCGGGCAGUUUUUUGCAGUAUUGGAUUUUGUGUCGUUGCCUACGUGCGUGUUUUUCAAUUUUGCAGCCGGUACACAUUCAAGGCAUUUAAGAGUACGCUUUACGAAAAUCGAAAAUUUAUACAAUUAAAUCGAUACAAAAGAAGUGUUUUAAAAUGGCAAAUAUUAGCGGAAAAACGUUAUUGUCAGCAAAUCGUGCUUUUGGAGCAGCAUUAAAUGUGAACGCGGCCCGUACACAAUCAUGGUUUGCUGGCGUGCAAAUGGGCCCACCCGAUGCUAUUUUGGGUGUAACCGAAGCCUUCAAACGCGAUACAAAUCCCAAAAAAAUUAACUUGGGUGUUGGUGCUUAUCGUGAUGAUAACGGUAAACCAUGGGUAUUACCAAGUGUACGUAAAGCUGAGGAACGCAUUGUCGCCAAGCAAUUGGAUAAGGAAUACGCAACCAUCAUAGGCGUACCAGACUUCUACAACAAAGCAAUUGAAUUGGCGCUUGGCAAAGACUCUGAACGCUUGCGUGAGAAACACAAUGCCACCACACAGUCUAUCAGUGGCACAGGUGCACUCCGUAUUGGCGCUGCAUUCCUCAGCAAAUUCUGGCAGGGCAACCGUGAAGUGUAUGUGCCCACACCCACUUGGGGCAAUCACGUGCCAAUUUUCGAGCAUUCAGGUCUGCCCGUGAAGAAAUACCGUUAUUAUGAUCCUAAAACCUGUGGUUUGGACGUAAAAGGUUGCUUUGAAGACAUCAGCAAAAUUCCCGAGAAGUCCAUCGUUCUGCUGCAUGCCUGCGCGCACAAUCCCACUGGCGUCGAUCUAUCGGCGGAACAGUGGAAGGAGCUCUCUCAAUUGAUAAAGAAGAAGAACUUAUUCCCCUUCUUCGACAUGGCCUACCAAGGCUUCGCCUCCGGUGAUGUGGAUCAUGACGCACAGGCCGUGCGUAUUUUCGAAAAGGAUGGGCACUUGUACUGUUUGGCCCAGAGUUUUGCAAAGAAUAUGGGUUUGUACGGCGAACGUGCUGGCGCCUACUCAGUCAUCUCUGCCAGCAAAGAGGAAGCCGAUCGCGUUAUUUCACAAAUUAAAAUCCUCAUUCGCGCACUCUACUCGAAUCCGCCCAUAAAUGGUGCACGUCUUGCCGCUGAAAUUUUGAAUGAUCAAGAGCUGAGAGCUAUUUGGUUGAAGGAUGUGAAAACAAUGGCCGAUCGCAUCAUCAAUAUUCGCGCACAAUUGAAAGGCAACCUAGUGAAGUUGGGUUCAUCGCGUUCGUGGGAUCACAUCACAAACCAAAUCGGUAUGUUCUGCUACACAGGCAUGACCGCCGAGAACGUUGAACGUUUGUCCAAGGAGUUCAGCAUUUAUCUGACCAAGGAUGGCCGCAUUUCGAUGGCUGGUGUGACCAGCAAGAAUGUUGACUACUUGGCUCAUGCUAUGCAUGAGGUUACCAAGUAAACACGAUUAACCUGAGAAUUCAAUCAGAUACAGUUGAUCUAUUGAAUUCUAUAAUUUUAAUGCACUUUGAAGCAAGCAAUACGGCCUGGCUGCCGGUAAAAUCGACACUUUUAUUAGAAUUUUAAUGAGUAAUAGAAAAGCAAGAUCCUUUAGUUUAGUUAAUUAAACCAGAGGAGAAUCAUGUAACUUGUACUACAUUGAGUACCUACAGAGGCGUUUAUAUUCGCCAAAAACAAUCAAUAGAAUGUAAUCGUAAAAGUAAAAGCAUUUAAAAUACUGAAAAUAAAAGAAAUAUAUACACAUAUGUAAAAAUAUAUUGAGAUUCAU